CAGAAGCUCUUGAAAAGGAAGACUCGGUAGCCUACAACAAAGCUUUCUCAUGGCGGAAAUCACCGCCGCUUCUUCCUCCUCCUCCGUUGUACCCUGUUCCUUUUUUAGUCCGGCGCUCACCUCGGAGACUCCAUCCGACAUGGACCUCAUCCGAUCUCUCCUCCGGUUGUCCCACGAAAUAUCCCUCUUCGACGCCCCUUGCCCGAUCCUGAUGCGUCACCACUCUUCCAUCGCCCGUAAAUCCAGGCUGCUCGCUAUCCUCUUUGAUGAACUUCUCCUCCAACAAGACCCUUACACAGACGUCAUCAAGCUUCCCCGGUCGGCCUCCCUCUGUUUCCACGAGAUCUUCGUCGUUCUCCAGCGAUUCAAAUCCCUACUCACCGAAUGCUCCUCUCGCAGUAGAAUGCGCUUUAUUCUGCUCUGUGAUUCCCUAGCCAACGACUUCUACGAGCUCACCCUCGACCUCUCUACUCUUCUCAGCAUGCUCCCCAUCUCCGAUCUCCGCCUCUCUGAUGACGUCCGCGAUCAUGUCGAUCUCCUCCGCUGCCAAUGCUCCAGGUCAACCCCCACCGUUGAUCCCGACGUCUCUGCCCUCCGCCGGGAGAUUCUCGCCAUCAUCCACGAGAUCGAGCUCGAGAUCGUCCCAGAUCGCUCUCGUCUCGCUGCCAUCCUCCACAAUCUCGGCCUCAACGAUUCCUCGAGCUGCCGCCGGGAGAUUGAGUGCCUCGAGCGAGAAAUUGGCGAAAGGGUCUCGGACAAAUGGACGCCUGCGAUGAUUUCUUUUGUGGGAGUCGUGCAAUAUGCCAAGUGCGUGCUCUAUGGCGCCUCCACUCCGAGAUCGGAUUCCCGCACCGGAAAGCUUUACUUCGCCGGCUUUGAUUCCGGUAGUUCUCCCGCUGGUGGCGCGCCGCCGGAUUUUCGAUGCCCAAUAUCUCUCGAUCUGAUGCAUGAUCCUGUUGUCGUGUCUAGCGGACAGACGUUCGAUCGGGAAUCAAUCGCCCGCUGGAUCAGCGCCGGCCACAUCACCUGCCCCAGCACUGGCCAGACUUUGCGGCACACAAAUCUCAUCCCAAACCGAGCUCUCAAGAACCUCAUCUCCCUCUGGUGCCGGGAACAGAACGUUCCCUAUGCUCUUUACGGGCCCGGCGAACCUGCCGUCUCCGGUGGCUCGGAGAACAAAGCCGCAUUGGAAGCUGCUCGGAUGACCGCAGCAUUCUUAGUCCAGAAGCUAUCUUCAUCGCCAUCAACAGAAACGACAAUCCGCAUCGUACACGAGCUCCGUCAGCUUGCCAAAACCCAGUCCGAGAACCGAGCCUUCAUCGCAGAAGCCGGCGCUGUUCCUCUUCUCCUCCGCUUCCUCUGUUCCAACGAUCCCUCCUUACAGCUCAACGCGGUCACCACCCUUCUCAACCUCUCCAUUCUUGAAUCCAACAAGAGACGAAUAAUGCGAGCCGACGGAAGCCUCGAUGCCGUGAUCCAUGUUAUGUCUAAUGAUGGAACCUGGCAGGCAAAGGAGAACGCUGCAACUCUGCUUCUUAGCCUAACCUCAAUCCAUUCUUAUCGGCGACGGAUUGGGGAGAACCAUUCAGCGGUAGCGGAACUGGUAAAGCUAGUGCGCAAUGGGCCCGUGAGCACGAAAAUCGAUGCAAUGGUGGCAAUACUCAGCCUUGCCCGCGACAGGAAGAACGCCCCGUUGUUGGUGGAGGAAGGGGUCCUGGAGGCGGUACUUGAUGCGUUUGCGUUUGAGGAAGCUGCUGAAUCAGCGACCGCAGUGAUCACAGCCCUGUUAAAGCGUGGCGGAGCGCUGGCAGUUGAGAAGUUGGAGUCAAAGGACACGGCGGCAAAGCUGGUGGGAGUUCUCCGGCGGGGAACAGAUGGGGCUCGGGACAAUGCGGCGGCGGCGUUGGUGGUUCUGUGCCGUCAUUCGGGUGGCGGAGUGGUUGCGGAGGUGGUAAGGAGGCCGGGGAUUGAGAUGGUUAUAAGGGAAAUGAUGGGAUGCGGAACGGAAAGGGGCCGGCGAAAGGCUGCGGCGCUGGGUAGGAUUUGUCGGAGAUGGGUUGCAGGAUCUCAACAGGGGCCAUUGCAACGGGAUAUUGAGUUGGCAGAUGGUGGUGCCGGCUUGGAGGACAUUUAGAGAAUAGUUUUUUGGCAAUUGUAUAUAUUUAAUUUAAAUUCUUUUUUCAAUUCUUAAUAUAAUUUACAGGAAAUUUGCAUAAAUAUCACAUAAAAAUUAUUUACAUAUAUCUAAGAUGUAAAAGCUGACAUUUUCAUUUAGGCUAAAUUU